ACAUUGCAUAAUUCGCUGCAGAAUGGUUCAUGAUGAGAGACAGUACUGAUCGCGUGGUGGACGCCCACUUCCUGCUUCGAGGUCAGCGCGACACUGACCACGAACCAUUUCAUCAUCGCAAGGCUGGGCUCGUUGCCGUCGCGUUGAAGGAAAUGCAAAGACUUCGUCUUCCUCCGCAACAAACAUUCCGCAUCGAGGGAAAGGUAGUCACGAGGAUUCAUUCCACCACGGGACGUAUCCCAAAGUGCCGCGAGCACAUUCCUCAUCGAUGCACAAGUACAGCCACUCAGAUCGUGAGAAACCGAUUGGGAGGAAGGCAGAAGGCAUAAACGUCAUUGAUGUCGUCCACCGCAGCCAACCCAACAACCAAGACCGGCCUGAUCAGCUUACGCUGUAUCGAAACGUUCGAUAGAACAAUCGACCAAGGGAUCUUGUACGUACAAUCUAAAUCGAGUAUAAUUGACAGUUCGAGUGUACUCGUUGGCCUUGAAGUUGUCAUAUUGAUGGUCGCAAGACGCUCUUCAUUGCCGACGGAUAAUCGUAAACAACGACACGGACCUGACGUCAGGAGUUCACAACUUCCCUGGCCUACCUCUGCUGGAGCACGACUUUUGCGGCAGAAUGGAUUCCACGACCUCGCAUCGUGCGGGACUCGGCAUGGCUGCUCGUGCCAGCGACAACUGUCGGACCGCUUGGCAACACCGACUGCAGCUAAACAAGAUCGUCGCACGUGUCGGCGUAGAUGUUCCGGCCUUGCAAGGUACUCGCCACGUUGUGAACAACUCGCCGGUGGAAGGCACGGCACCUGAACGUUUGACACGGCCCCGCUACUCCACGGCCGGCUCCACGCGGCUUUUGUCAACUCCUCCGGUGGGGGCGGAGGUGGGAGCGCCGAGCCAAUCGCGCCCCAUUUACCCACACCAGCCUGAUGAUCAAUGCCUAUGACGAACGUC